UGUAAAAAUAUUUCAAAUGGAUGGCUCUCGUUCUACCUGUUUGGUUUAGGAAAAAUCGAUCUCAAAGAUCAAACUCCCCGGGACCAAUUUGUCAAAACUUGUACCAUCAUCAUGUUCCAACUUGCAUGGGUGGUGAAGUGUGGGUCAUGCUUGCCCCAGGCGGCCCGGUUCAAGCUGUGACCCGACCCAACCACAAGCGGUAGUUCAGGAUCAUAAAGACAAUAAUGCCCCUAUUUCUCUCUCCAAAUUACGAAGGUUUAAACCGGCCGGCCAAUUUUUUUCCAUUUGCGCAUUAACGUGGAGGAGAAAGGGCGCGGCCAUGGCGGCCGAGACCCGAGAUCUCCCCACCCCUCGACUUGAAACCCUCGCCACGUAUCGAUCCGAUAAGCAUGAUCUCUCCCCUUCUCGGCGAUUCGUAGACGCAAGACCCUUCCAUGCGGGAGAUGGCAGCGUGGAGAACCGCGCUGCCGCUCCUUCUCGUCGCCGCCCUGGUCACCGUGGAAGACAUGAUCUCGGCGCCGUCGUGCGAGAUGUCCGGCCAUGCAGGCGGAGAUUCGAGCAACCCGGAUGAUCUAAAGGUGAUGAUGGUGGCAGAUCUUCUCUUGCAGGGAUCGGACGCGGGGUUCGCCGACGUCUACUUUAGGGAUCUCUUCAUAUCCAAAUUCUUCAAGAAAUCUUAUGAGAGGUUUAAGCCUGAUAUGCUUCUAGUAUUGGGUGAUAUUUCUGCGAGAGGAUCGGAGCUGACGAAGAGCAAGUGGUCGACUGUACUGCAGCAGUUUGAGAAUAUGCUCGGUCCUUUUGUGGGGCUUCCUCUUCAUAUUGUUUUGGGUGACAGAGAUGUUGGGAGAUGUAAUAAGUUAGACGAAAGGUUUGUCAGUCAGAUAGCAAGUCAUUUGCCAGGGCUGGACUCAGCUGGUUGCAGUGCUUUUGAGAUCGGCAACAUCAGUUUUGUUUCUCUCAAUGCUGUAGCUUUGCUUUGCAGCAACAACGCAUUACGCGUUGGUGUUGAGAAGGCUAUAGAGAGAGAAAGUGUUGAUUUACGAACCCAAAUGAAGGAUGCAACGAGAGAAGCUACUGAGCCUAAUGCAGAAAGAGCAAGUUUCAGUUUUGCUUCCUGGAGAGAUAAUGAGAUGGCAUCAGGUUCUGGACCUGUUCUUUUACUUCACUUUCCUCUUCACUGGAAAACAAGGAGCAACAGUGGGAUGAUCAACGUUGUUGAAGAAGAUCUUUGGCAUUAUACUUCUGAGGAUUUAAGAAGUUCUGAAGAUAGGGAUAUGGAUUUGGGACCAUAUGAGUUCAAGCAUACUCUCCCUCUGAAUGCAACUGAAUAUAUCUUUCAAGCUCUUAAGCCAAGGAUUGUGUUCAGUGCUCAUGCCCAUAGCUUUUGUGACCAUGCACAUAGUGAUGGGACACGUGAGGUGACCGUCCCUGCCAUGACAUGGGCAGCUAGAGGAAACCCCGGAUUUGUUGUUGUCACUUUCGGACAGAACAAAGCGGUGACUGUGAACAAAUGCUCUCUGGCUACGGAAUCACAAGUAGCAAUGGCUUAUAUGUUUAUAUUCAUCCUGUCAAUAGCAACAAUACUGGUCAUGAGGUGGUCCCAUGUUUAACAUGGAUGCCAAACCCACAAUUUGCCUCUACUCGUGAUUGCACGUUUCAAAGAAUGUCUUGAGAUAUUGAUCACCAUACUACAAUUGUCUUGCAGCUUCACUGAUUUCUGUAUUAAGAUAUGGAUGCAGCCUUUAUUGGUGGAAUUUUGUAAAAGGGCCUCCUUGAUAAAGCAGGAUUCGGGGAAAGGAAAGAAAUUUGUAACUUGUUUAAACAUAUGUACUUCUUCAUCUUGAUAAACAAACAGGCAGAUUAGCACCUUAGAGUUCCCAUUUAAAGCAUCAGAAAGGAAGACGAGGGACUGUGAAAUUACUUGCUUGAGUCACUGAUGAAGAUUAUUUUUUUAUAAAUAGCAUCUAAUUAUUCUAGGG